UGGCGGUAUAUGUAAAUGUGUGUGACUCCCAUCUCCAAUUAUUUAUUGAGUUGGCAAAAACAUGUAAACGUUGAUUUUGUUUUGACAGUAUAAAUUAAAAUCAUGGCUGAGGAGACACUUAUUCUUAUAUUAUUAGUUUUGGUUAUGCUUUUUGGGUCAUAUUUGGCGGGGAGUAUACCUAUGUUAAUAAAAUUAAGUGAGGAAAAGUUGAAAUGUGUCACUGUACUAGGCGCUGGCUUAUUAGUGGGUACUGCUCUCACAGUUAUCAUACCGGAGGGUAUUCAAUCGUUGUAUAUGGGUAGCGGGCAAAGAAAACAGCUGAUACCUGGACAAGAGCACCAAGAUUACUCACAGACUAUUGGGCUUUCUCUUGUUCUUGGUUUUGUCUUUAUGAUGUUAGUAGAUAUAUCACAGAGGAAAAGCAAUGCAGGAAGUCAAAAAAAAAACGAUGCCACCCUUACUCUUGGUUUGGUGGUACAUGCUGCAGCUGAUGGAGUUGCUUUGGGUGCAGCAGCCACGACAAGCCAUCAGGAUGUUGAAAUAAUUAUAUUUUUAGCUAUAAUGCUCCACAAGGCUCCAGCAGCAUUUGGGUUGGUUACUUUCCUUCUGCAUGAGAAAGUCGACAGGAAAAAAAUUCGAAGACACCUUUGUGUGUUUUCCUUAUCAGCUCCCCUUUUGACUAUUUUAACGUAUUUUGGAAUUGGCCAGGAACAAAAGGAAACUUUAAAUUCAGUGAAUGCCACUGGAAUAGCUAUGCUAUUUUCCGCAGGAACAUUUUUGUACGUGGCCACGGUUCAUGUUUUACCAGAACUUACCAAAGGCGGACUAUCACAGAGCGAUCGUCAAGAUUAUCGCGUAUUAGAAGAAUCUCGGGAAGUUAAUGACACAAAUGGAAGUAAUAGUAUACAAGCUUUAAGAUAUAGUGAAUUAACAAUUAUGAUUUGUGGUGCACUGCUCCCGCUGAUAAUAACAUUUGGACAUAAGCAUUAGAAUAAGAUUAAAUAAGAACUCAAUUUCUGAAAUAAAUAUCUUUAUCACUGUU